ACCACCACUAACAACAACAGCAACGACAACAACAACAACAACAAUGGGUGGUGGGGAGCUGGUGAAUUGCAUAGCCUAUGAUGAUAAUACACUGGUGAUUGAGCGCAAGCCAUCGCCCACAUCGCCAGCAACAUCACGACGCUAUUUGAAGGCUGAGACGCAGGCGCGGGGCAGUCGUAAAUAUAAUCGGAAGGCGAGCACAGCGAAAAGUGAUCUUGAGGUGAUCGUUGUCAGGCCGGAGCAUCACCAUCAGCAUCGAUCGCCGACGAUAACGAUACCAGUGCCCAUAUCCACAGCCGCAACUACAUCACCAUCAGCGGUAGCAGCAACAGCAGCAACAGCAACAGCAACAACAACGGGUCAAACGGUGCUACAACAAAGUUGUCCGCUCGAGACAAUCGCCAGCAGCGACGAUACUACAGCGGGUAGCUCGACAAGGAUACGUGGAGCAAACACUGAGCUUGCUCUCAGCACCGUCACCAGUCAAAUUGUAAACAACAGCACCUACAAGCUCGACUUUAAGCAGCGCCGACACAAAAACAAUAACAACGGCAGCGAGUCAGUGAGCGCCGGCAACGGUGGCAGUAAACGUCAGCGUCGCAAAUCAAGUUGCACCUCGUGCGGCGGCAACGGCGGAGGCGGGGCAGGCAGCGUUAGUCAACGUCUGACGCCCGAGGAGGUCUUGACAGGGACAGCGCAGUCGGCGUGGCAACAGCAGCCCCAGAAUAGUGUGACCAGCGCUGGCAGCACCAAUAGUAGCUAUAGCAGCGGUCCCAGAGACGACGACAGCAGCUACAGCGCCAUUGGCGGCGACAGCAGCAGCAGCAACAGUUGCAACUGUGACAUUACCGGCGACAACAGCACGUUGCAUGGUUUUGGCGUUGGGGAUGUGAGCAGCUUUAUUGGCGACGACGACUGUGAGCACGGCGACGACGACGAUCCUGAUAACCCCGACGAUCUUAGCUCACAAACCUUACGCACAGCGGCAAUUGUUGCAGCCGUUGCAGCGGCAGCUAAGGAGCAGGCAGCAGCUGCAGCAGCGGGCGCCGGCAACACCGACUGCGAGAGCAUCAGUGAGCGACGCCAGGAUGCGGAUGAUGAUGAGAUUCGAAUUAUUGCAGGAGCAACGUUUAGUGGCAACGAUUCGCUCGAAGAUGUUGGUGAUGUGGACGACAAUGCCGAUGUCAUUGUAAGAAGGAAUACGCGAAAUAAACGGCCCUCCAUACGGAGGACAUGUAGAAUCACUGAGGAGGACGACGACGGCGAGGGCGACGGCGACGCUGACUACGACGACGAGUACGACGAAGAGGAAGACGAGCCCGAGGGCACAACUAUUGAUAUUGACGAGCAGGAGCAGCUGGCACAGCAUUACGACUAUAACGAACAGGACGACGACGACGAGGAAGAGAACGCCGCUGAAGACGACGACGACGACGACGGGGAGGUGGACGAGUAUUACGAAGAGGAGGAGGACGAAACACAAGCAUUCUCACCCUUCUACUCCAGCUCCGCGGAGCUGAUUGAUAACUUUGGCGGCGGUGCCGGCAAAUAUUUUAACAUUAUGGACUUUGAGCGAGGUGCCGCUGGCGGCGGCACCUUCACACCCAAUGGCAACGGUGGUGCUGGCCUCGGCGGCGAUCCGUCCAACAAUCCGCAAACGGAUAUGGGCGGCGGCACCAACAUUAUGGGCAUCGAUGCCAUGGGCAUUGCAAACAUUCCGGAAACAAUGAACGGCACCACAAUUGGACCGAGUGGCGCCGGUGGCCAAAAAGCGGGUGCUGCUGCCGGCCAAAAGCGACCGCAGCGACGCGGAAAACCUCAGCCGGAUCGACCACAGCGCGCCCUUUUCUGCCUGGGCCUCAAGAAUCCCAUACGAGCGCUCUGCAUUCGCAUCGUCGAAUGGAAACCAUUUGAGUUCCUUAUUUUGUUAACCAUAUUUGCCAAUUGUAUUGCCUUGGCCGUUUACACGCCUUAUCCGGGCAGCGAUUCGAAUGUGACGAAUCAAACCUUGGAAAAAGUUGAAUAUAUAUUCCUAGUUAUAUUCACAGCGGAAUGUGUUAUGAAGAUAUUAGCAUACGGUUUUGUGUUACAUAAUGGUGCAUAUCUAAGAAAUGGAUGGAAUUUAUUAGAUUUUACAAUUGUAGUUAUAGGAGCGAUAAGUACAGCACUGUCCCAUUUGAUGAAGGAUGCCUUCGAUGUGAAAGCGCUGCGUGCCUUUCGUGUACUGCGUCCACUGCGACUUGUAUCGGGUGUACCAAGUCUACAGGUUGUGCUUAAUUCAAUUUUAAAGGCCAUGGUGCCACUGUUUCACAUUGCACUCUUGGUCAUAUUCGUAAUCAUUAUCUAUGCCAUAAUUGGCCUAGAGUUGUUCUCUGGUAAAUUGCAUAAGACGUGUCGUGAUGAGGUAACAGGUGAAUACGAGGAUGAUAUGAGACCCUGCGGCGUAGGCUACGCUUGCCCUGACGGCAUGAAGUGCUACGGCAAUUGGGUAGGACCCAAUUACGGUAUUACGAACUUUGACAACUUUGGACUGGCCAUGUUGACGGUCUUCCAGUGUGUCACACUCGAGGGCUGGACAGAUGUUUUGUAUUAUAUACAAGACGCGAUGGGCAGCGACUGGCAAUGGAUUUACUUUAUUUCCAUGGUCAUUUUGGGCGCAUUUUUCGUUAUGAAUCUGAUUCUUGGUGUGUUGUCCGGUGAGUUCUCCAAAGAGCGUAACAAGGCCAAGAAUCGCGGCGACUUUCAGAAGCUGCGCGAGAAGCAACAAAUCGAGGAGGAUUUGCGCGGAUACCUCGACUGGAUAACCCAGGCCGAGGAUAUUGAGCCAGAUGCAACGGGCGGCCUAAUGCCCGAUGGCAAGGGUAAGCAACAGAACGAAAUGGACUCUACCGAAAAUAUGGGGGAAGAGAUGCCCGAAAUGCAAAUCACCGAAUCGCGUUGGCGCAAAUUGAAGAAGGACUUCGAUCGGGUCAAUCGACGAAUGCGUCGAGCCUGUCGCAAGGCAGUCAAGUCGCAGGCAUUCUAUUGGCUGAUCAUUGUGCUGGUGUUUCUGAACACUGGCGUCCUUGCUACCGAGCACUAUCGCCAGGUGUAUUGGCUGGAUGAUUUUCAGGAAUAUACAAACAUGGUCUUUAUUGGGCUUUUCACGUGCGAAAUGUUGCUGAAAAUGUACAGCUUAGGCUUCCAGGGCUACUUUGUGUCGCUAUUCAAUCGCUUCGACUGUUUCGUUGUGAUUGGCAGCAUUUCCGAGACGCUGCUGACAAAAACGGGAAUGAUGCCUCCAUUGGGCGUCUCAGUGUUGCGUUGUGUGCGCCUGUUGCGUGUCUUCAAGGUCACCAAAUACUGGCGAUCUCUAUCGAAUCUAGUUGCUUCCCUAUUGAAUUCAAUACAAUCAAUUGCUUCGCUAUUGUUACUGCUCUUCCUAUUUAUUGUGAUAUUUGCAUUGCUGGGCAUGCAGGUUUUUGGUGGUAGAUUUAAUUAUAAUGAGGAGGAGAAGUAUCGCAUGAAUUUCGAUUGCUUCUGGCAGAGCCUGCUUACAGUAUUCCAGAUCAUGACUGGUGAGGAUUGGAAUGCUGUCAUGUAUGUGGGCAUUAAUGCUUAUGGCGGCGUCUCCUCAUACGGUGCCUUGGCUUGUAUAUACUUUAUAAUAUUAUUCAUAUGCGGCAAUUAUAUACUGUUAAAUGUGUUCUUGGCCAUUGCUGUGGAUAAUUUGGCCGAUGCUGACUCCCUGUCGGAGGUGGAAAAGGAAGAGGAGCCGCAAGACGAGGGUGCUAUGAAAAGAUCGCACAGUCCCACGCCCACCAUAGACGGCUUGGAUGAUGAACAUAUGAGCAUUGAUAUUGAUUUGGAACAUCAAGAGAUGGAUGAUGAGAAGGAUCAUGAGACCUUAUCUGAUGAGGAAGUGCGUGAAAUGUGCGAAGAUGAAGAAGAAGAAGAGGAUUCCCAUUCUGAAGUAUCAGCACGUGUUACUGCACGACCCCGACGUUUAUCUGAAGUCAGCAUGAAGAAGACUAAAAAGCCCAUACCACGAGGCAGUGCAUUUUUCAUUUUCAGUUACACAAACAGAUUUCGUGUCUUUUGCCACUGGCUCUGCAACCACAGCAAUUUCAGCAACAUUAUCCUCUGUUGCAUUAUGUUCUCAUCGGCCAUGCUGGCAGCUGAGAAUCCACUAAGGGCCAACGAUGAUUUAAAUAAAGUACUCAAUAAAUUUGAUUAUUUUUUCACGGCAGUUUUCACAAUAGAACUGAUUCUGAAAUUGAUUUCAUAUGGCUUCGUGUUACACGACGGAGCCUUUUGCAGAUCCGCAUUUAAUCUACUAGAUUUACUUGUGGUCUGCGUCUCAUUGAUAUCUCUAGUAUCCAGUUCGAAUGCGAUUUCAGUCGUGAAAAUUCUUCGCGUUCUCCGAGUUUUAAGGCCACUGCGCGCCAUUAAUCGAGCCAAGGGUCUGAAGUAUGUGGUCAAGUGCGUCGUUGUCGCAAUUAAAACCAUUGGUAAUAUUAUGUUGGUUACAUAUUUAUUGCAAUUCAUGUUUGCCGUUAUUGGAGUGCAACUCUUUAAGGGUAAAUUUUUCUCAUGCACCGAUGGUUCUAAAAUGGUGAGAGAGGAAUGCUACGGCACCUAUCUAGUUUACGAGGGUGGGGAUAUGAACAAGCCACGUCUUAAGGAGCGCGCAUGGAGCAAUAACGGUUUCCAUUUCGACGAUGUAGCCAAAGGCAUGCUAACACUUUUUACCGUUUCCACCUUUGAGGGCUGGCCAGCGCUCCUCUAUGUCUCUAUUGAUUCAAAUCAGGAAAAUGGCGGUCCAAUACACAACUUCCGUCCUAUAGUCGCUGCCUACUAUAUAAUCUAUAUUAUCAUAAUUGCCUUCUUCAUGGUCAACAUCUUCGUCGGUUUCGUUAUUGUCACUUUCCAAAAUGAGGGUGAACAGGAGUACAAAAAUUGUGAUCUGGAUAAGAACCAGCGAAAUUGCAUUGAGUUUGCCCUGAAAGCGAAACCGGUUCGUCGAUAUAUACCGAAACAUGGCAUACAGUAUAAAGUCUGGUGGUUUGUGACAUCAUCAUCGUUUGAGUAUACAAUAUUUAUACUGAUUAUGAUAAACACGGUCACACUUGCUAUGAAGUUCUAUCAGCAACCCUUAUGGUAUACGGAACUGCUGGAUGCACUCAAUAUGAUAUUCACAGCAGUAUUUGCCUUGGAAUUUGUCUUUAAACUGGCUGCUUUUCGAUUCAAAAACUAUUUCGGUGAUGCGUGGAACGUUUUCGAUUUCAUUAUUGUGCUUGGCAGCUUUAUAGAUAUUGUUUAUUCCGAAAUUAAGAGCAAGGACACACAGGCCGCGUGUGAUAUUGUCGAGGGCUGUAAAGCCAAGACUAAGGCGGCUGGCUCGAAUUUAAUUUCCAUAAAUUUCUUUCGACUGUUCCGUGUUAUGCGUCUCGUCAAGCUACUCAGCAAGGGUGAGGGUAUCCGUACGCUCCUCUGGACCUUCAUCAAAUCAUUUCAGGCUCUACCCUAUGUGGCUCUGCUCAUAGUGUUGCUCUUCUUCAUCUACGCAGUUGUGGGCAUGCAGGUCUUUGGCAAGAUAGCGCUGGAUGGUGGCAAUGCCAUAACUAGGAACAACAAUUUCCAAACAUUUCAGCAGGCAGUGCUGGUGCUGUUUCGCUCAGCCACCGGUGAGGCGUGGCAGGAUAUUAUGAUGGCCUGCUCAGCGCAACCGGAUGUGCAUUGUGAUAUGAACUCGGAUACGCCGGGCGAUCAGUGCGGUUCAUCCAUAGCCUAUCCCUAUUUUAUAUCCUUCUAUGUGCUGUGCUCAUUUUUGAUCAUUAACUUGUUUGUGGCCGUCAUCAUGGAUAACUUUGAUUAUCUAACGCGCGAUUGGUCCAUCCUGGGUCCACAUCAUUUGGACGAGUUUAUUCGCCUGUGGAGCGAAUACGAUCCGGACGCUAAAGGGCGCAUCAAGCAUCUCGACGUGGUCACCUUGCUAAGGAAGAUAUCACCGCCAUUGGGCUUUGGCAAGCUGUGUCCGCAUCGCAUGGCCUGUAAGCGACUGGUCUCCAUGAACAUGCCCCUUAAUUCCGACGGAACGGUGCUCUUCAAUGCCACCCUUUUCGCGGUUGUGCGUACCUCGCUGAGUAUAAAAACUGAGGGCAACAUCGAUGAUUGCAAUGCUGAAUUGCGCGCCACAAUUAAGCAAAUCUGGAAACGCACCAAUGCAAAGCUACUGGAUCAAGUGGUGCCGCCACCGGGCAACGAUGAUGAAGUCACAGUGGGCAAGUUCUAUGCCACGUAUCUGAUACAGGACUAUUUCCGUCGCUUCAAGAAACGCAAGGAACAGGAGGGCAAGGAGGGACAUCCCGAUAGCAAUACGGUUACACUGCAAGCGGGUCUACGCACGCUGCACGAAGUGUCGCCAGCGCUGAAGCGCGCCAUCUCAGGAAAUCUGGAUGAGCUGGCCGAGGAACCAGAGCCCAUGCAUCGCCGCCAUCAUACGCUGUUUGGCAGUGUUUGGUCUUCGAUACGUCGUCAUGGCAAUGGCACUUUCCGUCGCAGUGCCAAGGCCUCACAGAGCAAUGGGGCACUGACCAUUGGCGGCUCCUCGCUGGCCGCUGCGGGCGUGGGCGGCAGCAGUUUGGUGCUGGGCAGCGCAGACAGCGGUGGCGUCGAUUACCUUUACGAUAAUCUCAAUCGGAGCGUCGCCGAUGGUGUCAAUCACAUCACCCGCAACAUAAUGCAGGCCAGGAUGGCGGCCAGUGGCAAGCUGCACGAUGAGCUGCAUGCGAGCAGCGGUGGCGAGUUGCGUACCUUUGGCGAGAGCAUCUCGAUGCGUCCGCUGGCGAAGAAUGGUGGCGGAGUCGGUGCAGCCACUGUGGCCGGCACUUUGCCGCCGGAGGCCAAUGCGAUAUCUUAUGACAACCGCAAUCGUGGUAUUUUAUUGCAUCCAUAUAAUAAUGUCUACGCACCCAAUGGUGCUAUUCCUGGCCACGAACGCAUGAUCCAAUCGACACCAGCUAGUCCUUACGAUCAGCGUCGUUUACCAACUUCAUCUGAAAUGAAUGGCCUAGCCGAAUCAUUGAUUGGAGGGGUACUCGCCGCUGAGGGUCUAGGAAAAUAUUGUGAUUCCGAGUUUGUGGGCACAGCUGCUCGGGAGAUGCGUGAGGCGCUCGAUAUGACGCCCGAGGAGAUGAAUUUGGCUGCCCAUCAGAUACUGUCCAAUGAUCAUUCGUUGAGCCUGAUUAGCAGCAGCAAUGGCAGCAUCUUUGGUGGUAGUGCCGUCGGUGGUGGUGGUGGUGGCGGUGGCAGCAGCAGCAUUGCUGGUGCAUUUGGUGGCAGCGCCAGCGGGCCAUCAUCUUUCUCACCUCAACAUCAGGGUUCGGGCACUUUACAAUCACCACCGAUACCAGAUAAUCGUCUUAGACGAGUUGCCACAGUAACGACCACUAAUAAUACUAAGUCUCAAUUUAGCCAAAAUAAUACUAAUAAUAAUAUAAAUAGUAGAAAUAAUGCUGUAAUGCCUACGACUAGCCAAAGAACUAUUUCACCCACUCAACAACAACAAUCACCACAGCGCAACUUGGCCGGUGGUCAAGGUAACCCUGCCUCCUCAUAGCAUACAAAUUGUAGUCCAUACAUGCAAAAUGUCUUCUUGAUGGAAUUUUAAAUGUAACAUUUAUGAACAUUUUUUUGUAUCAUUUUUAGCAAAGAAAAAACAACACUAGUUAUAGAUUAAUCAAGUCAAAUAUGCUCUUAGCAACAACUUGAGAAAUAUAUGAGAAUAUGAGAAAGAUUUGUAAAUCUUGUAAAAAGCAUUGUAUGUACUUACUUAUAUAAUUAAUGGUUUGCCUUUUUGAUAACGUCUAUGAUGGUUUAUCGUCCUUUAUAAACAACCAAAAAAUUAAAAAAAGAGAUGAAAAACUUAAAAUAAUUAUUAUAAUAACAAUGACACACAAACACACAACAUAUUGUAUAUGAACAAAUAUAUUUUUUAAAAACUGAUAACGGAAAAAAAACAUACAACCUAAUUGAUUAGUUACUAUAAUCACCAAUAAUUAAAUAUAACAAUAAAGUAAUUCAUCAUAAUAAGUACAUCAACACGCAUCUAUUGCACUUACAUACAUACGAUGUACGUAUUUCAAUUUAGACGCAUUUUAUUUUUUAAGUAUUUGAUAAUUGCGUAAAUAAAGCAUACAAAUAUGGAAUUGUUUAAUAUGUAAAAAUGUAAACCAAAAUAUUAAAACGAAAACAACAAAGCAAAAACAAAUAACUAAUGAUUUCAAUGAAUGAACGCCCAAACUGAAUAAUGAAUUGUUAUGAUUGAUUUUAUAAAAAUAAAUGAUCAAAUUAAAAAAUUUAAA